AAACUUCAGAGUUCACAAGUUUUCACAGCAAUUUUACACAUACAUUGAAAAUCUUUUUAAUUAUAACAUUUAGUUUUCAUGGAGAAACAUUGUUCCCAAAGGAUAGGACAACAGUGCUAAAAUUCCAAGACAUGUCACACAGAAGAAACUACCAAAUCUCUGUCAUUUUGUUUUUAGUUUUGUUAGUUUGUAUUGUACAGGUUUUUAUCCGUUCUAGUAAACAUCCACGAUCUGAUGAACUUCUGAGCACCGGAGGAGCGAUUCAGCGUUCAUUAAAAUUUCGCAACACAAAAGUUUGCAAGAGUAAGGAAUGCAAUAAAAUUGCAAAUUACGUGAAGAAAUCAAUGAAUACAUUAAUUGAUCCUUGUGAGAAUUUUUAUGAAUUUGCCUGUGGUGGCUGGAUUGAAAAAAAUCCUAUUCCUAAAACAUCAUCAACAUUUUCAACGUUUGCUAAACUAAACAGUGAAGUUGAAAAGGCACUAAGAAAAAUCAUCGAAGAAAAUACUGAAAAAGUUACAAAUAAAUACCAAGAGAAGGCAAAAAUAUUCUAUAAAUCUUGUAUGAAUUUAAAAAGCGCUGAUAAAUUAGGAGCUCAACCUCUGGUCAAUUUAAUUCGUGAUGUUGGUUCAUCUCCUUUAUUUGAUGCUCAACAUUGGAACGAAAAAACAUGGAGCCUUAGAGAGACAAUACUUAAAGUUCAAAAGAAAUAUUCUUCUGCAGGAGGUCCAUUAUUUUCAGUGUAUGUCAGCAACGAUCCACGCAAUAAUACAAGACAUAUUUUAGAGAUAGAUCAAGCGGGUCCCAGUCUUUCACGCGAAGUUUACUUUGAUAACAAAAAGAUCGUUAAAGCAUACAAGGAAUUCAUGAUCGAUGUUGCUGUUGCGUUGGGAACAGAAAAACUCAAAGCAGAAAGACAAGCGAAAGAGCUGAUAGAAUUUGAGACGAAGCUAGCAAAGAUCAGUGUAGCAAGCGCAGAUAAAACAGAAACGUGGUUUAAAGAAAUGACAAUGAAGCAGUUAGCUGCUGAAGUACCACAGUUUCCAUGGAAACAACAUAUUCAAAACAUUUUUGGAAACAUCACAGAAAUUACGGAGAAUGAGCAAAUUAUUGUUCCAACACUUCCAUAUCUUAAAAAAUUUGGAAAUAUCACUGAGGAUUCGUCAAAAGAGGUUCUUUCAAACUAUGUUGUCUGGAAUGUCAUACAAGACGAAAUUCCAAAUCUUUCCAAGAAAUUCCGAAAUAUACGCAUUGAUUACACGAACAAAGUGAUGGGAUCAAAAGGCGAGAAAAAACGAUGGAAAACAUGUGUAUCUAUGACAAACGAUUAUCUUGGCGACAUUAUUGGCGAGGCUUACAGUAAAAAAUAUUUCAAUAAAGAAAAGAAACGUGAAGCCAAAGAUAUGAUAGUAAACAUACGAAAGGCUUUUCAAGAAAACGUUAAUGGGCUAAAAUGGAUGGAUAAAUUAACGAUUGACGCUGUACAAGAUAAGGCAGGCACAAUGCGAGAUCAAGUUGGUUAUCCCAAUUAUUAUGAUAAAAACAAGUUCAUGAAGAGGUUGCAAAAGUACGAUAAGGUGAAUUUCAAAGUAGACACACUAUUUGAAAACAAAAUAGCUUUAUUGAAAAUGUCGCAUCAACGAAUGUUAAAAAAGCUUCGCAAGAAAGUCGACAAGGAAGAGUGGCCGCUUGACCCACAAACAAUCAAUGCUAUGUAUAGCUUUAAUGAAAACGAAAUGGUAAUUCCCGCAGGAAUAUUGCAGCCCCCAUUUUUUCAUGGAAUUAAAGGACCAAGGGCAAUGAUGUAUGGUGCUAUAGGAACAAUUCUCGGACAUGAAUUAACGCAUGGUUUUGAUAAUACAGGGCGAAAGUUUAACAAAUAUGGAGAGCUAACUAAAAAUUGGUGGGGAUCAAAUUCUUUAAAACAUUUCAAGAAAAGAGCAGACUGCAUAGAAAAGCAAUACAAUAAUUACAAAGUUAAAGGUGCAUAUAAGUUGAACGGAAAACUUACUCUUGGAGAAAAUAUCGCUGAUAACGGAGGUUUCAGAGCUUCACAAACGGCAUAUUUCAAUUGGUCAAAUGAAAACAACGAUAUGACACUACCUGGUUUAAAUUUCACAAAUGAACAACUAUUUUAUGUAGCAUUUGCACAAGGAUACUGCAGCAACAGUAGGCCAACACAAGAUUAUCUUGCAACUCUAACAGAUCCGCAUUCAGACGAAACAUUAAGGGUCCAAGGAGUGCUAGCAAACUCGAAAGAAUUUUCCCGUGCAUUUGAUUGCAAAUCAGGGAGCAUAAUGAAUCCAAAAAUAAAAUGUGCCGUUUGGAUCAGUGAUGAUAUGGUAUAAAAUGUAAAAUUGACACCCUUAAAUAAUGUGAAAUCUUUCACAGAAAGAGUUUGAAAAAUAUCAUUACAUAAUUUCAAUUAUGAGUUGCCCAGCUGGCUUUAAAAUUAUGUUGGCUAUAUGUUCCUAGUCUUCACUUCACAAAGUCAUUCAAAAUUGUUAGUACCAUUUUCUAACACAGCACAUCAACAAACAUAAACAAUGUGUCCUAUGUUUUAAAUUUAAAAUUUGUUGAAUUCUAUUAUGGUGGUGUAUGGAAAUUGAGUGAGUCAAAAUAUUUAUGUUAAUGACAAACAAAACUUCAACCUAUUUUGAUAACUUAGUUAAUUAUUAUUAAUUAUUAUUAUAAAACAGUGACAAACAA